ACCAGCAGCCCCUCAUUCCCGCCCGGAGGGGUCCCCGAGGUAGACAGCCCCCAGGGGCCUUCCCCAGAGCUAGAGAGGAGGGCGAAGUUCAGGGUCAGGAAGCCGCCUCGGUGCCUGGGGUCCAGGCAUCUCCAGCUCAGAGACAGAAGGGCAGCCCCACAGGGGUUGAGGGAUUGGAGACUCCAGCCAGGGUCACCUUGGGUCACUGAGACGGGGCAGGGGAAGGGGCACGUCUGGGCCGGGGACACAGACCCUGGGGAUGACCGAGGGAGGCAGGAGGCUCCUUUCUGUUCUGGGCCCUCCUCCCUAGGCUCUUCCCGGGGACCCACGUACACUCUGGCUGGCACCGGUGUGACCAGUGGGUGCUCAGAGGAAGCCCAGCAGCCUGUCCCAGCAAGGCUAGUGGAAGGUCAUCACCCAAGGCUGGUCACCUGCUGGGUACUGUGGCCCCGCCCCCAUGGCCAAAUGCCCCCUGGGGCAUGCUGGGACAGGCCAGGGCUCCCCACAGCCAGGUCGGCCUGUCCGGAGGAAAGUUGGAGGGUAAGGCCGACCCAGCUGGGCAGGAGAUGCUCGGAGACGUGAAGGAGAGCCACCUCUGGGGUUGACAAUCCACGCACGAGGAUCCUUCGCCGUGCCCCUUGCCGAUCCAGAGCGCGUUUGGUGGAAGGAACGUGACCCCAUGUCGUAGAGUUGCCACGGGGGUCAAUUUAAAAGCAGAGACGGUGGGGCUGCGGCGCUUCGGCCCUGGAGGAAGCAGCCAGCUGCCGCCUGCACCCUGCUUAGUGGCCUUCGGGACGAAGAUGGCGGCCCAGUGCUGAGCCAGGGUGGAGGGGUGCUGGCAGGCGGGCAGGGGGUGAAGACCCCGGCUCUGCUGCUCACGCGCCCUGCUGACCGAAAUGGAGAACUUCCAGUACAGUGUCCAGCUGAGUGACCAGGACUGGGCUGAGUUCUCGGCCACUACCGAGGAGUGUGGUCUCCUGCAGGCCAGCCUGGCCUCUGGGGACGAGCUGCUGUCCAGUGACAUUGACCAAGGGGACAGCAGCGGCAGCAGUCCCCCCGGGCCCCGGCCCCUGCUUGGGGGGAGUGGCUGGCCUGGCUUUGAGGAGGAGGACCAGGCGGCCACGAAGCAGCUGGUCAGCAGACCCCCAGAGCUGGGCCACACGCUGUGGCCACACCUGCCCCAGAGCCUGGUCCAGAUUUCUCAAUGGCUAAGCACGGCUCCAUCUACACCCACCUCCAAGCCUCAUCCUGACACGGCUCCGUCUACACCCGCCUGCCAGCCUCACCCUGACCCGGCUCCGUCUACACUCGCCUCCAAGCCUCAUCCUGACACGGCUCCGUCUACACCCGCCUCCAAGCCUCAUCCUGACACGGCUCCGUCUACACCCGCCUGCCAGCCUCACCCUGACCCGGCUCCGUCUACACCCGCCUCCAAGCCUCAUCCUGACACGGCUCCAUCUACACCCACCUCCAAGCCUCAUCCUGACACGGCUCCGUCUACACCCGCCUGCCAGCCUCACCCUGACCCGGCUCCGUCUACACUCGCCUCCAAGCCUCAUCCUGACACGGCUCCGUCUACACCCGCCUCCAAGCCUCAUCCUGACACGGCUCCGUCUACACCCGCCUGCCAGCCUAGACUGGAUGUGGCCCUGCCCCCGCCGGGCAGAAAGGUCGAGCCGCAGGUGGGCUCAUCGGCACCUGCCUUGAAGGCGGAGUGUGAUGUGGGUGCACCCACCCCGGCCCCCAUUCCCCAGGCUGGGCCUGACGCGGUGGAGGCCAAGGGUGCCCCACAGGCCAAGUUGGAUUUGGGCUCUGUGGUGUCUUCAGGGGGGCGCCCAGAGAAGCCCAGAGGGGAGCCCUCUGCAGGUGCCCCUGGACACCCCUCGGGGGAGCCCCUGCCAGGGCCUGUCCCAGCCAAGAAGAAGAAAGUGCGGUUCUCUGUGUCCGAGCCCAGCCCCAAGGAGCCAGGGUCAGAAGAGGCCACGCCCCCCCUCUCACCAGCCACAGGCUGGCCCGCUUUUGCUGGGCCUAGGCUCCCCCAGCCUCGGAUCCUGAAGCACCUGCCCCCCCCGGCCGCCUCUGCCGUGGGGGGGCCUGGGUAUAAGAGCUGUUUUGCCGUGACUGUCCCCGAGGCCUACGAGUUCUUUUUCUGUGACACCAUCGAGGAGGAGGAGGAGGAGGAGGAGGAGGAGGCAGAGGCUGGCGAGGCCCAAGUGCAGUGGCCAGAGGUGUGCGAGUUCUUCUUCCGGGACAGCCGGGCCACGAGGUCUGGGCCCCGGGGGGGCCCCUCCCCGGCCCCCGCCCCAGAGGCCAAGCCUGUGCCAUCCGCUCUGCCUGGAGACCCCAGGCCCAUUUCCUUCCCCGAAGCCUAUGAGCACUUCCUCGGGGCGGACAGCCUGGAGGGCGUGCUGGGGCCGGCUGCCCCCCUCCCGCUGCAGGCCCGGGAGGCCCCCACGCCGGGGCCCCAGGGGGUGCAGCCUGGCCCUGCGCCGGAGCCCAGCCCAGUGGCCACAGAGCAGCUCGACUUGGUGCUCAGGCAAGCAGGGGAGCCCUGGGGUCCCCUCACCUCGUUUACCUUCAGCCAGAAGGACAUGUGCCUGGUGUUUGUAGCCUUUGCCACCUGGGCUGUGAGGACCUCAGAUCUGCACACCCCAGACGCCUGGAAAACAGUCCUGCUGGCCAACAUCGGCACCAUCUCGGCCAUCCGCUACUUCCGCCGGCAGGUGAGGCUGGGACGCCGCAGCCCCAGCCCCUAGGAGCCAGGCUCAGCCCAGGAAGACGCAGGAAACGGCCACAGGUGCUCAGGCCGAGGUGCUGCCCUCUGGCCUCGCCCUUUGACCUUUGUGUUCCACGGCAGCGUCUAGAAGGAGCCAGUGUCCUCGGUCCUGGCUUUUUUGGACUCCACCCGAGGCUCAGGCCAGUGGCCGAAGCCCAGGCUGUGCCCACACCUGGGAGGGGAGACUGAGGAGGUUGGGUGGCUGGGGUCCAGCAGGGAGCUGGUUAGGAAGGUGGCCAGGUUAGCAAAUGAAGCAGGUGUCCAGUAAAGCUGGAAGUUCAGACAGGCAGCAUGUGAGAGUGCUUACACUCAGAAAUUACUUGUGGUUUCUCCAAAAUCACAUGUAACUGGGCGUUGGUAUUUUGUCUGGUAAUCGAGUUAGAGGGUGAGUGGUGGGAUGGAGCAGGAAAUCAGAGGGUGUCUGAGCACCUGGAGACUGGGCAGGGGCGGGGCGGGGCUGGCAGGGCCUCCUUGGCCUGUUCGAGCCCUGAACCCCUGUGGCCGAGGUCUCCUGGCUGCGGCCCGAGACCAGGAGCAGGUACCUGGAGGGGCUGCAGGAAGGCGACCCCAGUGGCCCCUGGGGCUGGGGUGUGCAGGGCAGAGCCUGGAGCCCCUCCUGGGGAGAGCCCUGGAGGAGGUUCCAAGCAGCGUUUCAUGGUGUCAGGCGGAGGGAUGGGACACUGGGCUUGUCCCAGGGCUGAGAGGAGCCAAAGAGCGGGCAGGAGGGUGGGCAGGGGCCAGCGGGCGCUGGAAGGGCAUCCAGCCAGGCAGCAAGCACAGGUCCCGGGGCCACAGGGCCUCCUGGCUGUGGGUGAAGAAUGUGUGGACACAGACAAAUAAAAUCUUCUCUUCUUCCUU